AUGAUCAAGAAUGCUCGCGAGCCAUCCAUACAAGAAAGAAAGCAGCUCAUUGACCUCGCGCUGCAAGGAUACAAUGUAACUGCACUAUCAAUGAGUCAAGGAGAACGCAACAGUACAUACGAGCAACGUCGAAACGAUCUCGAAUCAACAAUACAAAUCCUGAAAGCAGCAAUCAAAAGCUCCAAUUCUCAAGUUCGAUUAGAGUGUGCGUACAUUGGAUUGGAUGACACUUUUUCCUAUGAUUUCAUAAAAGAUGUAGAGCGACCAAAUGAAAGGAUAUUGCAAAAGGGAUUGGAUUCAGUGAUGAGGGAGAUGAGCGACCUGGAUGUUGUUUGGACCCGUGCAAGUCAAGGAUCAAUUUUACCACUGGUUUUAAACAUUAAAAUCACACACACAGAUACACAAAAGCAGGGUCGAAUUCAGCUAUUUGACUUACUCUUGCCACCAUUUUCACCACCAACGCCUAAUACGGGUCGAACCAUCUAUCAGUCAUUCAGCCAUUUGGUGAACCUGACGAAAGCAUCAUCCACAUCUUACAUUGAUCACCUUCCAUACGACCAGUUUGUGCUCACAUAUCUGCUAGCACAUCCUCUUUGUGGACACGAGAAGUUCAGUGUAUUUCUCUAUCUAAAUGAUCGUGUGACAGAUCGAAAGCUAAAAGACACCGUUUCUCUUCUUGACUUUGCAAGCACACUAAAAACCUUGCACACACGCACAUUACCCGUUCGUCCAGUCUCUCAAACAAUCGAAUACAAGAGACUACUGCAUCAGAUUGCUCAUAUUAAUGCUGAAUUUAAGGCCCACGAGCAACAGUUAAACAAGCUGACCACCACACAGGAGUCCAAGAUUGCUUCUCUCGAGGCCGAGCUACUCAAGAAAGAAAAGAAGAUUGAGUUUAUAAUGGACAUGGAAGCUGUGAGAGAAAAGCAAGUGGCUUACCUCGAAGCUCUCUACGACAACGUUUCCAAUAGACCCAAUAUGCAAGUUAUGAAGCUACAAUCUGCACUUGUUUUACAGAGGCACGCAAACAAUGACCUUCAAUUUGAGCAUAAACUCCUGGAAAUACAAUGCAAAAGAUACACUCAUAUUGAUAUACCAAAACUGCAGGAAUCCUUGAAAACAGCCAAUCAAGAAGCUCAAAAACUGCAGCAGGCGCUACAGCAAUCAGAUGAAAAAGUACAGCAAUUAGAGCAAAAUUUGAACGAGUCAUAUGAUAAAUGUCAAUCCUUGGCUGCCGAGAUGGACAUGCGAGCAGAUAUAGAUACCGAGAAGCUAGAGAAAGAUGUUGAAGCAAGACUGACAGCAAGCUUUGAUGAGAAAUACAAUGAAUUGCAUGCUGCGUUUAAAAAGAAGCUAGAGAGUCUCAAAGGAUCCUACAAAGACAUGAUUGCGAGAUUGAAGCAGAACCAUGCAGAAGAUUUGGACCUCGUAAGGGAGGAGGAACGGGCCAAAUAUAUCAAAGAGAGCAAGCAUAUUCGUGCUGACAUCAAAGGACUGAAUGAGAGAUGCACUGAAUCGAACCAAAUUAUCAAAGACCUUCGUGUGGCAUUAAAGAAAGCAGUGGCUAUCAAGAAGGGCGAAGAGAUGAUCAUGCCUACUCCUGCUUCACCACCUUCGGCUAUCAAAAAAACAAGAGCAUCAUCAGCCAAAUCCUCUCGUAAAAUUAUCGCUCCAGCAUCAGAUGGCGGCAAUAGCGACGAUGAUUUCAUUCUUUCAGUCAAAAAACCAUCCAGAUUUGGCGAUAGCAACCCCAUCACUAAAGUAGACGAGUCUGAUGGUGGUCAAGACGAAGCUACCACCUCCAGCAAGAAGGCUAAAGCAAAAAGAGAUGAGUAUUCUGACGAUUUGAAUGAUGCUGCAGCUUACGUUAUGGAUCUUGAUGCGACUGAAAACGAUGAUCAACCUAAACCCACAUCCUCCAAAUUAAAGCAAGCGAAGAACAAAGAAACUGCAGCUCAAAAAUCAAAGGGCAAGAAGGCAGCACCCAAGGGAACGGCUUCCGUACCUUCUUCAGCACAAAAACCCUCUGACGACGAUGACUUUGCUUCACCUGUCCUACCACUGGCUUCAAUAGAAUCCGACACACACCCCACAAGAGAAACAACGCCUAUGCUGCCAAGUCUUGAAGAAGAGGAAGACGCCGUCUCUCUCGUAAAGCCAAUACGCCCCAAGCGCCGCAUUAGAAAACUAGGAAAUCCUAUUCCUGUUAGAUCUCCAGAAAGCGAAGACACAAGCCAUUUAAUUAGUCGAUUAGAGGAUGCUAAUACAGAGUCCGGAUACGCUUUGCAACCAGUUCAGAAGCAAGCUAAAACCUCAAUGAAGAAACAAGAUGCCAAUGUGUCUGAGCCUAGUACUUUGAAAUCAAAACGCAAGGUACCAUCAACCAGCAAAGCAAAAAAGAGGCAACGAACGGUGGCAUAA